AUGGUUUUAACAUUAUUGUGUCAUUUUUUAGCAACGCCUACUGUCACAACAUUACAAAGUACACCCCCAGUUCCCAGUAUUCCUCUCUGUUCUAUUAAUGCGACAUGGAAGAGAGAGGGUGUAACAGUAGCUGGCUUUUUCAACAGUACAGCUGAUUCAUCACUGAGUGGACUUUAUUAUCCUGAAGAUUUUGUUGUCGAUCCCGUGGGAAAUUUGUAUAUUCUAGACUUUCUCAAUCGUCGUAUUCUUUAUUGGCCGACGAAUUCGACCGAAGGCCGAAGCAUUGCGGGCACUCGAGUAUCUGACGCGGAACCGAAUCAACUCAGAUCUCCACAUGUGUCAAAAGGACGGUUGUACACAUUUGAUUCGUCUGUAUUAAGUAUUGUAUGGUUUCCACUUAACAUAUCAGGUGGCUCACCCAAUCGUACCAUAGUAAAGCAAUGCAACCCAGAUGGUACUAAUAUUACGCUUUCUUCUAUUGUUAUCGCGUUUGACGGAGUGCGCAAGCUGUUUUACAUUACUGGCUAUGAGAAUCCAAGUCUUAUUAUUAUUAUGAAUAUAACUGACGAUUGUAUGGUAAUGAUAACCAAAAGUACUUUCACACUAACCAAUGGUUUGAUGUUAGAACAUCCAUGCUCAAUUCUUGUUGACGAGACAUCAGGUUCCUUCUACGUAUUAGACAUGGCACUGAAAAUCAUGGCGAAGUACUCAUUCGGUUCUACAACAGGCACCAUAAUCAUAAGUGGUUUAUUAAACAACAUGGACUCUACUGGCUACGGCAGUUGUGGGAAAAUGGGAUUUGAUUCAUCUGGACAACUAUACAUGACUGAUUCUGGUCAGUUCCGAGUCGUUCAGUUAGUCAAUGAUAAAGGUGGCAUGCGCACUGUUGCAGGCAUGGGAUUUGCUGGUAAUUCUAAUAAGCGUCUUCAGUAUCCAAAACAUUUCGGCUUUGAUGCUCACCACAAUCUUUAUGUUAGCGACAGUCCAAACCACAGAGUACAACGCUUCGAUUUGCUCAACAACGGCUGCUGA